AUGUCUCUUGCAAAACAAUACAACGUGUUGUCCAGAAACCAAGUUAAGGAUCUCAUAGCCGAGGGAAAAGCCAUCGUAAUUUACGAACAGAAUGUGCUAAACUUGACUGCAUGGAUUCCAAAACAUCCGGGUGGAGAUACUGCAGUUUUGCACAUGGUUGGUCGUGAUGCUACUGAUGAAAUGAAUGCAUACCAUGACGCUGAGACCAUAGGGACAUUUAUCAAAUGGAGAGUAGGUAAAAUUGAUUAUGAAUGGGAAAAUUUGUUACCACCCAUCCAAGGAGGGAAAUAUAGCAAGGAUAAAUCUGUUGAAAAUGUUGUUAUGCUAGGUGCAAAGAAAGUGAAAACGGGCUCGAUAUUGGAGGAUAGAUUGGAUAGCACGAAUUCCGGAAGCAGUUCAGACAUGGACCAGGAUUCCACUUGUAGUAGUGCAUUUGAGGAGGAAGCAGAAGAGGAAACGAAAACAAAAGAACAAGAAGAAGAAGAAGAAAAGAAAAAAACAGAGUUUGCGAAAGUAAUAGAUCCAAAGAAGGCUGUUGCGCCCGUUGUUCCGCAAAAUGUCAUAGUUAACCAAACCGAUAAGGAUGAAAUAUUCCCAAUCAAUGAUUGCCAAAAACAACCUAUUGUGGAUCCAAAGUUGUUAAUGGUUGAUUACGACAAUAGCUUGUCACAGCGAGACCUUAUGCUGAUACCUUCGUUAGAUUAUACUACUCAACGACAUUUGAGAGACGAAUACGUCAAACUCCACAACCUUAUUGCCAAGAAUGGGUUUUACAAAUGCAAUUAUUGGGCCUACGUGCGUGAGAUUGUAAAGAUCUCAUCACUAUUUUUAUACUCAUUGUCGCUUCUCAAACUCAAUUAUUUAUUCCUUAGUGCUAUAUUCAUGGGUAUGGCAUGGCAUCAGGGUACUUUUAUUGCGCAUGAUGCUGGACACGUUUCCAUUACUCAUAACUAUCAAAUAGAUAAUAUUUUUGGAAUGCUAAUUGCCGAUUGGUUUGGUGGAUUGAGUUUAGGAUGGUGGAAAAGAAAUCACAAUGUUCAUCACUUGAUAACCAACGAUCCAGUUCACGACCCGGAUAUCCAGCAUCUUCCAUUUUUUGCAGUAAGCGUUCGAUUAUUUAACAAUGUCUAUUCGACAUACUAUGACAAGGUUUUGUGGUUUGACGCAUUUGCUAAAAAGCUUAUUCCCAUUCAACAAUACAUGUACUAUCCCAUUUUAUGUUUUGGAAGAUUCAACUUGUACAGGCUUUCAUGGACUUAUCUUCUUGGUGGUGAAGGCCCAACAAAAGGACGUGCUGCUUGGUUUAGGUAUUUUGAGAUUGCAGGAUUAACAUUUUUCUUUUACUGGUUCUUUUAUGUGUUGAUUGGCACUAUUGAAGGAGGUUGGAACAAAUUCAUGUACAUAAUGGUGAGCCACAUAGCCACAAUGUUGGUGCAUGUACAAAUCACUUUAUCGCAUUUUGCAAUGUCUACUGCAGAUCUCGGAGUUAGUGAAUCUUUUGCUUCAAGACAGAUUAGAACCACGAUGGAUGUAAGUUGUCCUGAGUGGUUUGAUUUUUUCCAUGGCGGAUUGCAAUUCCAAGCAAUACACCAUUUGUUCCCUCGGUUGCCUCGUCAUAAUUUUAGACAGGUUCAGCCAUUUGUUAUUCAGUUUUGCAAAGAUGUCGGCUUGUCAUACUCAAUUUACGGGUUUGGCAAAGGUAAUGAAAUUGUGAUUGGUAAGUUGGCGGAGAUUGGUCAGCAAUGUUCAAUCUUGCUUGAUGCCACUAAAAAGUAUGACGGUGACCUUUAUUAA